AUGCUCGCACGAGCUUCAAGAGGCUCCUUCGUACGCGCCUCGAACAGCGUGGCAGCGUCCACCUCACACUGGCUCGGAAACGCACGACGCGGCAACGCUCCAGCAACAUGUCAGGUGGGAUCGUGCCCGCGUCUGCUCAGCUCGUCAUCGUCAACAGCUUUACCGCGCCAGCUCCCGCGCCGCUCGAUCCAGCAUGAUGAGCAUCAAGAUGACACCUUCAGAACGACGCCGACGCCUUAUACCAGCAACAACGUCAGCGAUGAGCUCAGCGGAACCGAUCCUUCCAUUCCGUGGUUUCUUCAGACAGAGACAAUAGAUCUGCCUCGCUCGUCAGAUGCUCAGUCCGAGAUGCCUUUGGCGACACAAUCAGAAGCAUCUGCACCCGCAAAUACCUUCUCCUACAUCCCACUCGCUCCCAAAGUUACCGAGCCCAACGCUAUCGCCGAGCUCAAGUCGCAUCUGCUCACUGGUCCCUCUGCCAACCUGAUAGCUCGGCCUAGCGAACAGGACGACCAGCUCACACCUAUCACGCUCAUUCACCCUGCGUCUCUCUCCAAGGACCUUAGUUCUGACGCAUAUGGAAUCAAUGAUUGGAUCGUCGUGGUCCAAGUCAAGAGCAGCGCUGCAGGUAGUGUGCGCAGAGUAGCUCUCGACCUCGGUCAAUUCCUCAAGCACCAGCGACCGCCAGCAAUGGAAAAUGGGCUUGAUCUGGAUGACUUUUUGGGUCCAGGUCCAUCGACUCCACGAUACACAAAACCCAGCGUGCCAAAAUCAAGCACACCUGCUGCUACGCCGCGACCGAAAGGCAUGUCAAGGAUCGAACACGAGCUCGGAAAGAGUCUCCCCGACUGGGCUGUCCACCGUAUUGCGCUCCAAAGGAAAUUUCCCGACGGCUGGAGACCGCCAAAGAUUCUGUCGCGAGAAGCACAGGAAGGUAUCCGUCUGCUGCAUUCCUCGGACCCGGAGCAGUUUGAUGUAGUAGAGCUCAGUAAUCGCUUCCGCGUCUCUACCGAAAGCAUCCGCCGCAUCCUGCGCUCCGGCAAAUGGGCCGUCUCUGGACAAGUGAGAAGCAGGCAAGAUCGGCGUGCUGCCGAAAGAGCUUCCGAGCGUGAGUCGUCCGAACUCGCCGAGAUUCGGCGUCUGCAGGAAGAGCACAGCGAGCUCGUGCAGGACGGUGAAUCACCCACCAUCGAGCAGGAUGAUCUGUUAGACAAUCUGCUUGAAGAGGAGGAUACCACACCCGGUAUUCAACCCGUGCGAUACGAGGGUCUUGUCAUGUCCGCCUCAGACGCUUCUGCUCUCGGCGUGACGAGCAAGAGCAAGACAGGCGGCAACAAGGGCGAUGGCAAUUGGUGCCUUGUCGAUGCCGAUUGGUGCAUGGUCCACGUCAUGACCGAGCAGGCUCGAUUCAACUACGACAUUGAAGGCAUCUGGCGAGAGCUCGAGGUGGGCACUACGAUCCAGCGCAAGCCCUGGGAACAGGAGGGUGCAUUUGGCAGUGCAUCGUCUGUCGCUGCGACUAAACCGUCUAGACCGAGAACCAAGCGCGACGUGUUUGGAGAGAAACUCGACAAUCGCAAGCGCGACAAGAAUGCUGCGGCGAAAUUCGGGAGCUCAAGCAGAGGCUUUUCGAGUUGCGCCAAAGCCAGCGUCCAAGUGGGCGCUCGGUCUUGGUCGGAUACUGUGGUACCAGAAAGUCUCGGGCAGUUGCUCUCGCGCGUGCAGCGUACUUUUGAAUCGGGCUCUACAGACCCUGUCGGCGUCGAUGUCAAGGGUUGGCUUCGUUCGACGCGCAAACAGAAGUCUAUCACGUUUCUCGAACUAUCCGAUGGAUCUCUGAGCGGCUCGCGCUCGCUCCAGGCCGUGGUGCGCAGCUCCAAGGAUUCGCCUACCUCCGACAUGGAUCGACUAGCCGGUCUCACCGUUGGCACUGCUCUUCGUCUUACCGGCCAUCUUAGGCCGGGACGCGGUACGAAAAUAGGUCAAGAAAUCGAACUCGACGCCUCUUCGGUCCAAGUGCUGUCCAACUGCGACCUCACCUACCCGCUUGCCGCGGUUCAGAUGCAGCACAACAGCACUGCAAUUGAACAAGGCGGCUACUCGGCCACGCUCGCCGAGCGUCGCAAUCCACACCUGCUCGGUCGGCUACCUCGCUAUGCAGCCGUGGCACGCACGCGGUCGCGACUGGAACACGCCAUGGGCGAGUUUCUGGCCAGUCACGAUUUCGUCAAGGUCGCAUGUCCCGUGCUCACCAGCAGCGACUGCGAAGGUGCAGGAGAGGUAUUUCAGGUCGUCGCGGAUAGUGAUGCACGCUCAAAACACGACCCGGCUGCGUUCUGGUCCGGGUCUCACGCAUACUUGAGCGUGUCAUCGCAGCUGCAUCUCGAAGCGGCUGGGUUGGGGUUGGGAAGGGUGUGGACUUGUAACCCGGCUUUUAGGGCUGAGGGCAGCGCAACCAAUCGACACUUGGCCGAGUUUUGGAUGUUGGAAGCCGAGAUGUAUUUCACUGAUCUCGCCGGCAUUUUGCAUGUCACAGAGCAAAUGAUCAAGGCGGGUAUCACGGCGGCUUUGGCUGGCACCCAAGAUAUGGAGUUGUUGGCAGAUGAAGCGCAUCUCUCGAUGCUGGCUAGCGUUGCGACUGCGCAAGCGUGGAAGAGGAUCACGUAUCACGAAGCGCACCAGCUGCUCUCGCACGCACCGGCGGGCACGUUCGAAUGCGCGCCGCAUGUCGAUUCAGGUCUAGCGAGCGAACACGAACGCUACCUGGCAGCACACUUUGGACCGGUGUUCGUCACCCACUAUCCGCUCUCGCAGAAAGCGUUCUACAUGAAACGCUACUCGUCUUGUCCAACGCUGGUUGAGUGCUUCGACCUGCUCAUCCCGUCGCUCGGCGAGUUAGUGGGCGGCUCGGUCCGCGAACAUCGACGCUCUUCGUUGACCGAAAACCUGGCCGAGCUCGCAUGUGGCGUCGCGAUGAGCGACAAGCUGGCAUGGUACCUGGACGACUUGAAAAAGUUCGGUGGCGCCCUGGACCAUGCUGGCUUCGGCAUGGGCAUAGAGAGGCUACUCGCGUGGGUCACAAAUACAACCAGUGUCAAGGACGUAGUUCCGUUCCCUCGCGUCAAGGGCCGCAUGCGUUUCUAG